CUUCAAACCCCUCCUCGUCAUCAUCAGCAUCAUCUCUCUCUCUCUCUCUCUCUCUCCUUCUUCUUCUUCUUCUUCUUCUUCCUCUCGAGAUGCUGUCAAGAAACAAGGGCGGUAUCUUCCAUCUAGGGGAGGAUGAGACCACCAAGACUAUAGUGAGCAUCAGAGAACCAAAGCACAUGAGACCGGCAUCGGAGGGCAUCGAAGGCCUUCGAAUCCUCAUACAACACAAGGAGCAAGGAUCAAACGUUGUGACAAAAUCGACUUGCAGUCUUUCCAAGGGUUUAGGGUUCCUAAAGUCAUGCUUCCUGUGCAAAAGGGAGCUCAGCCUCUCCAAGGAUGUUUACAUGUACAGGGGAGACCUGGGAUUCUGCAGCAAAGAAUGCCGUUCUCGCCAGAUUCUGCAAGAGGAACGACGAGAGUUUGAGAUGGCAGCGAGGACGCGACUGCGGGAGCCUCAACAUCGUCUUCGAGCCAGCGCUAGGAUUCGUGACCAAGAUCGAAACAGUAGGAUACCCGGAGUGGCCUAAGCACUCGGAUGACCGUAUGGAAGGUCUAGAGAAGAUGCUAUGGAUCCUCUUCUUUUCUUCCCCUUGUUCUUUUAGAGGAGGAGAGGCAUCCUUUUUUGGAGGAAGGAGAAGUCCACAGUGUUGUUCUGUUGACAUAGGAAUGAAUAGUCGACGUCAAAGUAUCCAUUCA